AUGGCCAAGAUUUCAGCCCAGAAGAAGGCUCCUGCCAAGAAGUCUGAGCCUACCAAGACCAACGACACUGUUCCUUCGCAGCUUCUCGCUUCCAUUGCUUCUUUCUUGUCCAGCAAUGGCUUCGCUACCACCAACACAGCUUUUGAGAAAGAAUUGAAGAAGGCCGGAACCAAGGCUGAUGUGAAGGGCGCCCCAGCUUUGCUGGAGGUCUUCCAGGCAUGGGAGAAGGCGAACGCUGCCUCCAGUUCCUCUUCGGACUCCGACAGCGACUCGGAUAGCGACAGCAGCUCCGAUUCCGAUUCAAGCGAUUCUGAUGUUGAAAUGGAAGACGCCGGCAAAUCGAAGAAGGCUCGCUCUUCCUCGCCCUCUUCUUCAUCCUCCAGCUCUGAUAGUGAUGCUGACGAUGAGGAGGAGGAGAAGACUGUUCCUGCUCCGGCUCCCGCUGUGAAGAAGUCCGCGGGUGUUAAGCGCAAGGCUGAAUCUAGCGACUCUGAAUCCUCUGAUUCCGAUUCUGAAAGCGAUGCCCCCAAGGCCAAGAAGGCCAAGACUGCAGCGAAAGCCAAGAAGGCCGACUCAUCUUCUGAGUCUGACUCCGACUCUGACUCUGAAUCUUCCGAUUCCGACUCUGAUUCUGAUUCUUCAAGCGCUUCCGAUUCUUCUGACUCCGACUCCUCCGACUCUUCUGACUCUUCUGACUCUUCUGACUCUUCUGACUCCGAAUCUGACUCCAAGCCCGUCAAGAAGGAGAAUGCUAAGGCCUUGAAGGAAGCAAAGAAGACCCCCCUUCCAGAGUCAUCGGCCUCGUCUGCCUCCGCCAGUUCCGACGAUAGCUCUGACGAUGAGAAGGCUGGUGGCGUUGCAGUAGCCACUGCUUCUGAGUCUAGUGUCACCGUUUCUGCUUCCCCUGCUGUUGACGAGGUUCGCAACACCUCAUCCAACGCCAGCCCGGCUCCUGGAAAUGGAUCGACAAAGAAGAAGCACACUGGAGCUCGUCCAACUCCUCUCGCUGCUCUGAGCGAGCUUCCCUUCGACGGUUUUAAGAACGACUACAUCUCUUACGCAUAUGCUGACCGCGCAUUUGCUGAUCUCUCUGUCACUCGUGGCAAGGGCUUCACGAAGGAGAAGAACAAGAAGAAGCGUGGUUCCUACCGUGGUGGCCCCAUUGAUAUCUCUGGUGGCAAGUCAUUCAAGUUCGACGAUUAA